AUGAAGGAAGCUAGGGUUGAAGUGCAUGACAACGUGCAGAUUUUGGAAAAGAUGAAGCAGCUGUUGUUAUUCAUUGAGCGAAAUUUAGAAGAGAAGGUAGUGAAGUGCAUCACAUUCUGCAAGACCGUGUAUCCCGAUAUCAUUCGAUUAUGCUUUUUCUCUGAACCUGAUGCUCCAGUGAUGGGAAAUGGUUCCUUUAAGUCCUCAACGUUAGUUCCAGGGUAUGUAACUGGAUCUGUGUUGGUGGGAUCAAUAUCAUAUGGGAAACUAUCAUUUGCUGGUCAACAUGAUGGUAAAAAUCCAGAAAAGCAUCCUGUGUCACACCGGGUUUCUUAUAUCAUUCCCCCAAAUAAGGUCGAUGAGGACAAGGGAAAAAAUUCUUCCUUAUUUUCCAAGAAGACAGUUUCUGAACGCUUAGAACAAGAGGUACGAGAUGCAAAAGUAAAAGUGUUAGGGGGUCUAAACCAAGGAAGCGAAGAAGAGUGCUUAGAAUGGAAGGAGUUGUCUGCCUCGCUCAAAACUGAAUAUCCAAAGUACACACCAUUACUUGCGAAGAUUUUAGAAGGUUUAGUUUCUAGAAGUUAUAUCAAAGACAAAUUUCUUCAUCAUGAAGAGAUAAUUGAUGCAGCAAAUGAGGUUAUUGACAGUAUUGAUAGAGAAGAGUUAGCAAAGUUUUUUUCACUAAAAAAUGAUCCAGAAGAUGAGGAAGCAGAGAAAAUCAAGAAAAAGAUGGACUCAACCCGCGAUCAGUUGGCAGAGGCACUUAACCAAAAGGGGCUUGCACUGGCAGAAAUUGUGUCUUUAAAGGAGGUAGAUGAGUCCUUGGCUUCGGUUGCAACAGAAGGUGCAAAACAAGACGUUGAGAAAACUGAUGAGCAAUCCAAGGAUGAGGGCGUUCAUCCAGACUUGUUUAAAGAGAACUUCAAUGAACUGAAGAAAUGGGUUGAUGUCAAGUGCACAAAAUAUGGAAUCCUCUUGGUGACAAACGAGAGGCGUAAUCAAAGGCUUGGGACAGCAUUGAAGAUUCCAAUGUUCAUCUCCCUCCCAAAAAGGGAUUGCAACAAGCAUAUUUUUGAGUUGCGCAAUUUUGGUGAAAUAGUAGUGCUAUCUGUUCCGGUGGAUGCCUGGUAUCUGUAUAUGGUUGAAGAUAAUCAUGGCACCACUGCCGAAGUGGUUCUGAAUGACAUCAUUCAAGAUGAUCCCGAGUCUGCCAAGAAGAAAUUCUAUGAACUAAAGCUCUCUUUGCUUGAGGAAAUUGGAUGGAGUCAUUUUUGUACAUAUGAGAGGGAAUGGAUGCUGGUUAAAGAAAAUCCGAGCCAAGAGCCUAGAAGGAGAGUUCUAUUCUAA